GCAAGUCAUUCUUUCACCCCGUCAGUCCUUGACCUUGUCACUCCUUUCGUAGCCCGGUGCUAUUGAACACUCCUUAUUCGUUUGCUCUUUCGAUACCGUCUUGCCCCUUCGUGUGAAGUUUAUUUUUUUUCUUGCGACCAUUACCGUCAUCGCCAUCAUGUCCAUGUCCAAGAUCGUCCAAACCAGCGCCCUUGUUGCGGCGCUCAUCUCCGCCGUGUCCGGUCACACAGCCGUUGAGAAGUUCGAGGCUGGAGGCAAGACCUACGAGGGUUUCCGCCAGGCUUCUAAGCAAGAUCCCGGUAACCAGUCUCCUGCUUGGUGGACCAACCAGGGCUGGGGAUACCAGCCCAUCUACGGUGACCAGAUCAACCACCCCGACAUCAUUGCCCACAAGGAUGCUUCUCCCUCGCCCUACACUGUCGAGGUUCCCGCCGGCUCCGACGUCAAGUUCCACUGGCAUCACGAUGGUGCCUGUGGUACCGACGAGCAGGGAUGGGACUGCUCUCACCACGGCUGGACCGCCACCUACAUGGCCGACUGCAAUGGCGACUGCGCCAAGGUCGACAAGACAACGCUCGAGUUCUUCAAGAUCCACCAGUCGGCCCUGAUCGACUACCGCAAGGGCCGCUACUCUUCCGGCGCGCCCCAAGAACAGACCGGCUACUGGGGCACUGACGCCAUCUUCUACGACAACGCCAACACCCAGACUGUCACCAUCCCUGCCGAUCUCCCCAACCGCAACUUCGUCCUCAGAACCGAGGUCGUCUCCAUCCACAACAACGGCGCCGUCAGCAACCGUCAGUUCUGGCCCCAGGCCUUCAACAUCAAGGUCACUGGUGGUAAGGAUGGUGCCUCGGUCCCCGAGGGAAAGAGGGGAACCGAACUGUACUCUGCCAAUGACCCUCUCCUCAAGUGGAACCUCUACUGGCACCAGCCCGACAAGACUUUCGAAGAUGCUCCCGGCCCAGUGCUCGCUUCUGUUGCUUCUGUUGCCAACAAGGUCAGGCGCCAUGCCCGCGACUUUUCCGCUUAGACAAUCUUCUUCUUCUCCCUCUUCUCCCUCUUCUCUUCUUCUUCUUCUUCAACCUCUUACGGACAUGGUUUUGGGGCGGGACAGGCGCAUGCUACGGGGCAAAAAAGGUGUCGGGAAAAAACGCCUAGGAUGGGUGUUGAACACUUUCUUCUUCUACUUGUUCUUUUCUCCAUGGACUGGGACUCUCGGUCACAACGACGCUUGCGACAUGAGUUUUUUACGAUUCUCAUUCUUGGAUACAUAUAUAUAUAUAUAUAUACUCUUUAGGCAUCCUAGACGAUGCGAAUGCCAAAUGCAUUCUUUGGGCCUUGUGCU